GUGGGAUUUCCAGGUGGACGGGGGGGAGACUGUUAAUCGUUUCUCGCCGUCAAUCAAAGAAAAAGGGAGCGAAGAGACCAGCGGGAAGGGAGAGCAAAAAAAACCAAAUAAAAUCACCUCAGGGGAGGAUGUGAGAAUUAAUAAUAAAUUACCCAGAAGGCUAACGACAUUUUUGAGGGCAAUUUUUAUUUAUUUUCUCACGAAUCGUUUCGAUUGAUAAGCGACGUUUACCGAGUAAAGCGAGGCACAAUUGUUUGAAUUUUUGAAUCGUGGUUGCCGUUUUCUUCCCUUUUCCAACCUCAGUUAUCCCCUUUUUUAUUAUUAUUUUCCUCUUUCUUCUUCACCUUUCUCUUUUUUUUCCCCUCCAUCCGACACCCCCCACCCCCUGCCCCCUCACUCCCCACUCCCCAUUCCCAUUCCCAUUCCCGGCUCGAACCAUGUCGAUCUUGCCCUUCACGCCGCCCAUCGUCAAGCGUUUGCUGGGCUGGAAGAAAGGCGGCGAGUCGCAGUCUCCCUCUUCUCAGUCCCCGUCCCAGGCGCCGCAGCAGCAGCAGCAGCAACAGCAGCAGAACAACGGGCAGGACGACAAAUGGUGCGAGAAAGCCGUCAAGAGCCUGGUGAAGAAGCUGAAGAAGACGGGGCAGCUGGACGAGCUGGAGAAGGCCAUCACCACCCAGAGCUGCAACACCAAAUGUGUGACCAUCCCCAGCACAUGCUCUGAAAUUUGGGGACUGAGUACACCUGGUACAGUAGAUCAGUGGGAUACAACAGGCCUUUACAGCUUUCCUGAGCAAACCAGAUCACUUGAUGGUCGGCUGCAAGUUUCACAUCGCAAAGGUUUGCCUCAUGUUAUUUACUGUCGCUUGUGGCGGUGGCCUGAUCUUCACAGUCACCAUGAGCUUCGAGCUAUUGAAACUUGUGAAUAUGCUUUCAAUCUUAAAAAGGAUGAAGUGUGUGUUAAUCCAUACCACUAUCAGAGGGUGGAGACACCAGUUUUGCCUCCUGUAUUGGUGCCACGACAUACAGAAAUUCCAGCAGAGUUGCCCCCACUUGAUGACUACACACAUUCCAUUCCUGAAAACACUAAUUUUCCAGCUGGAAUAGAGCCACAGACCAACUAUAUCCCAGAAACACCACCACCUGGCUACAUCAGUGAAGAUGGAGAGACGAGUGAUCAGCAAAUGAACCAAAGUAUGGAUACAGGGUCUCCUGCAGAAAUGUCACCAAGUACCUUGUCACCAGUCAAUCAUAGCUUGGAUCUACAACCUGUAACCUAUUCAGAGCCAGCGUUCUGGUGUUCAAUAGCAUACUAUGAACUAAACCAGAGAGUGGGUGAAACAUUUCAUGCAUCUCAGCCUUCAUUAACUGUGGAUGGAUUUACAGACCCAUCAAAUUCUGAAAGAUUCUGUCUGGGUUUGCUGUCUAAUGUCAAUAGAAACGCAACAGUUGAGAUGACGAGACGGCAUAUUGGCAGAGGAGUAAGGUUAUAUUACAUUGGUGGGGAAGUUUUUGCAGAGUGUCUGAGUGACAGUGCCAUCUUUGUUCAAAGUCCAAACUGUAACCAAAGAUACAGCUGGCAUCCUGCAACAGUAUGCAAAAUUCCACCUGGUUGUAACCUAAAGAUAUUCAACAACCAGGAGUUUGCAGCGCUUCUAGCUCAGUCUGUAAACCAAGGCUUUGAAGCUGUUUACCAGUUAACGAGAAUGUGCACAAUUAGGAUGAGUUUUGUGAAAGGUUGGGGUGCUGAAUACAGACGGCAGACUGUGACGAGCACUCCUUGUUGGAUUGAACUUCACCUGAAUGGACCGUUGCAAUGGCUUGACAAAGUUUUAACCCAAAUGGGGUCUCCCUCUGUCCGUUGCUCAAGCAUGUCCUAAAUAACUAUGUCCCUAUUUCAGUAUCAAGAUGGGACUAAACAUAAGAUGGAGUCAAAUCAACAGACUUAAACAGCUUUUCUGUUUUAGUAUUUGUGUUAUUCCCAGAGACUAUCUGUUUGUUAAUACAAAACAAAAUCAAAAAGAAUGGCACUUGAUCUCAUCAACUUAAGCACCUUGUUGAGUUUUAUUACCCCACACCCAGAUUAUGACAAAAAUUUAUUAGUAUUAGUGUAUUAAACACAUGAAUAUAGCUUAUGGUUGAGGGUGAAGGGAAAGCUGUGUAAAAAGACAUUUUGCGUUAAUGCACGUGUCGAGAGUCUGAGGUCCAUCAAUGACAUGUACAGUAAUUCAGUUGUGAUUCCUAGCACAUUAGUUAGAAUGGAUUCUUCAUUAAAUGAAAUCUCUAUCGCUUUCUUUGUCUCAUCCCCCACCAGCCCCUUCCCUGCCUUUAAUUAAUUAAAAUUUGAUGAGUAAUAUAAUUGAUACACAUUGCAAAUAAAAAGCACAGUUAAUGAAUUUAAAAUUAGAAACUGAAAAGUAGUGGUAGUGGGAAGCAUAACAUGAAUUUUAAUUUUCCACGUUGGAUUAUAAUUACCAUAAACACUCAUUUAUUAACAAAAUAUCACUGGCAUUUUGGUAAGAAUUUUUUUUCCAAAGAUUGAGGUGAUACCCUUAUUGCUGGAGAAAUACUGCGUUGUGACAGCCAAAGUUAGGUAAAUUUGGACUCACCACUAAAAGGAAUGAAUGUAGCUGAAACUGGCAUUUCACUAUCCAUACAUUUUCAGUGAUGGCCUAUAAAGGGACAUGGAGAAAGUGAGGACUGAAGAUGCUGGAGAUCAGAGCUGAAAAUGUGUUGCUGGAAAAGCGCAGCAGGUCAG